AACUUUCAAAACGGUAGUUUCUCUGUAUCAGUGUCUAUUCGCUUGGGUGUUGUUGACGCUUUUACCUCAAAAUUCUCCAUAAUCACAACACAAGAAUAUCAAAGAAGAAUCGGCAAAUGGCUUCUAUAAAAUCUGUUGCCUCUGGGUUGGUAUUGCCACGCCCAGUUACUUUUGUUACUGGAAAUGCCAAAAAGCUUGAAGAAGUUCGCGCCAUCUUGGGACAGUCCAUUCCUUUUCAAUCCCUCAAACUUGACUUGCCUGAAUUGCAAGGAGAACCUGAAGAUAUCUCCAAAGAGAAAGCUCGUUUGGCUGCUGUUCAGGUUAACGGACCUGUUUUGGUUGAAGACACUUGCCUCUGUUACAAUGCCUUGAAGGGUCUUCCAGGGCCUUAUAUCAAAUGGUUUCUCCAGAAGAUUGGUCAUGAAGGUCUCAACAAUCUGUUGAUGGCAUAUGAUGAUAAAUCAGCAUACGCAUUAUGUGUAUUUUCUUUUGCAAUCGGUCCAAACAGUGAACCUAUCACCUUUUCAGGAAAGACACUGGGGAAGAUUGUUCCUCCAAGAGGACCCAAUGAUUUUGGAUGGGAUCCCAUUUUUCAACCUGAUGGCUAUGAUCAAACUUAUGCAGAGAUGUCCAAAGAAGAAAAGAACAAAAUUUCUCACCGCUACAAAUCUCUUGCACUGGUGAAAUCACAUUUUGCUGAAGCUGGAUAUACCUUUCAGAUCUAAAAGAGGUAUAGUAGACAUUCGUCAAAUUUGGGAAUCAGUUAAAUGUAAAGAAUGUUGGAUUGAAGUUUGUUAACUAAGUUUGAUUAAACCUCAUUUUGCAAAUUUAAGCUUAGUUAAAAAUUAGUUCGCUCCAACAUUUUUAAAUGUAUGAUAAGCGAAGUGAAACUUUUUCCUCAGCCACAGACAAAAAGGCAAAUUAGUAGAGAUUUUGUUUCCAUAUCAAUUUAAGUUUGAUGCCAAAUUUGAUUUGACUAAUUGGCUCAAACAAUGAACCAAACAUUUCCUUAGUUUAUUGAAAGAGUUUGUUUAUAGUUUAUUGAAGUUUAUCAUGAGAUA